GCCGCCCUGAGCGCUCGUCCAGUGUCCUCGGACGCUGGUCAACUGUCCGUCAGAUUCGGCUGUUAAAAAAAUCGGUAAAUUACUUUAAUAAAGCUUGAAAAUUAAAAAAUAUGACGGGCUUGGAACUCAUCAUCUCCUCCAUUUGCAAUGCUACUUUUUGCGAAGUGGUUUAUGAUAAUCCUAUUACAGAUACCCUACUGUCCGUGCAACAACAGGAAUUCCUGGAAAUCGCUGAAGACCUUAACGGCAAACAUUUGAAAAUAGGCACUUACGAUAAUUAUCCUUUAAGUUGGGUACACACUGAAGACAACGGAAAGCUCACUGGACGUGGCGUUGCUUUCAUCGUUUUGGACAUAUUGCGCGAACGGUUCAACUUCACCUUUGAUGUAGUCACGCCGGCCAAAAACUUUGAAAUUGGCGUUAGAGGCAGAAUUAAGGACUCAUUAAUUGGAUUGGUCAAUAGUAGUCAAGUGGACAUGGCUGCAGCUUUCCUUCCUGUAGUGUACAAAUACGAGCAGUUCGUGGAUUUCUCUACGAUCCUCGACGAAGGCGUGUGGAUGAUGAUGCUCCAGCGGCCUAAAGAGUCCGCCGCGGGCUCCGGACUCCUGGCCCCCUUCGAAAUACAAGUGUGGUAUCUGAUCUUAGCGGCAGUACUCUCUUACGGCCCGUGCAUCACUCUUCUCACGUACUUGCGGUCUAAGGUCGUGAAAGACGGAGAGAAAAACAUCUCGCUGUCGCCCAGCUUCUGGUUCGUGUACGGAGCCUUGCUGAAGCAGGGGACUACAUUAGCACCAGAAGCAAAUACCACUCGGAUCCUUUUCACAACGUGGUGGCUGUUCAUCAUCCUGCUAUCCGCGUUCUACACGGCCAACCUGACUGCUUUCCUCACGCUCUCCAAGUUCACCCUGGACAUCGAAUACCCUGAGGACCUGUACAAAAAGAACUACCGCUGGGUCGCACCAGAGGGCAGCACAGUGCAAUACGUUGUCAAUGACGCAAACGAAGACUUGCAUUUUCUAAGCGAAAUGGUAGCUAAUGGGCGAGCCGAGUUUCGUUCAGUGAACGUCGAUCGCCAGUUCUUACCCUACGUGACGGCGGGCGCGGUGCUUGUAAAGGAACAAACGGCCAUAGACCAUCUCAUGUUUGAAGACUACUUGAAGAAGACCAGGGACAAGGUGCCGGAAGUGAAGAGAUGCACGUAUGUGGUCGCCCCAAAUCCCUUUAUGGAUAAAUUACGGGGUUUCGCUUUUCCGAAAAAAAGCAAAUUAAAGUUUUUAUUUGAUCCAGUCCUCACGUAUCUUUUACAAUCGGGUAUAGUAACGUAUCUAGAACACCGAGACCUGCCCAGUACCAAGAUAUGUCCGCUGGAUCUACAGUCCAAGGACCGCAAGCUGAGGAACAGCGAUCUGUCGAUGACGUACAUGCUAAUGGGGGUCGGCUUAGCGACCGCUAUCGCUGUCUUUGGUGGAGAGAUGAUAAUCAGAUAUUACGUCCGUAUCAAAAUCAGAACAAAUCGGGGCGAAAGAACCAAAACAAAAGGCGUAAACAGUUCGAAACACAGACGUUUCAGAAUCCAAGACGACAGCAACCCGCCACCUUACGAUUCGCUAUUUGGGCACAACUCGCGGUACAAGAUGAAUGGACACUCCACAACAAAGAUUGUAAAUGGGAGAGAGUAUUGGGUCGUCGGCACAGUGAGCGGAGACACCAGGCUCAUACCGGUUAGGACCCCUUCCGCGUUUUUGUAUCAGCGCGGUAAGUAAAUGAAAACUGAUUGCCUACCUUCUUUU